AUGCCGGCUGGGAUGCAAAUCCAGUAUGACGCGCAGAAAAACUUGCUUGAUGCCGUAACGGACGAGGAACGGAGCCAGAACAAGGGUUUCAACUGCCUCUUGCAGCGCCUCGCAGUGGUUGGGUUUGUGGACAACGACAUCUGUCACUGCCAUUGGAAUUGCUUCAAGAGGGCGGUCACCCGUUCAAAGUUCGAAAUGGUUCUCAUGAAGUGCACCAUUGCGUGUAACUUCAACCACGGAAGCUUCCUGUCAGCCGAGAAUUUCAUUGACAAGCGACAAGCCUUGCAGCUGUAUCCAAGAUACCAGCCGCGGGACUACUUCAGGAAUCUUGCCGAAAGCAUUGCGCAGGUCAAGAACAAAGCCUGGUUCUUGGUGAACAAGGCCAUGCGCCAAUUGAUAUGGGAUUGGACAGUGCAGCGCGAAGGUUUGAAAGCUGUGCUCUUCAUGCAGGAGAAGACGGCCGGUGGCAGUGGCAACAAGACCUGCAACGAGGCCUGGUCAGACGAAGAGCAGGGCGAGGAUGAUGCACCGAGGAAUCGCAGAGAACUUUACGAAGCCUACGCUGGACAAGGUCCGGCCGCUAUGGUGCUGGACUUUCUGGAGGAUACACAGCUCAAGAAACAGGUGAUCGUGCUGGAACACUGUGCACGACCAUUGGAACGAGCGUAUCAUCGCGACCUCAAGCUCAUGGCAGGCAAGGGAGGCGAGCAAUUAGCUUUUGCGGCGUCCCGGGCAGAAGGCACACACCACUGGUUUCAGACAGCGGUGGAAUGUCUCAUGAACGUGCAAAGCCCUGCUCUGAUGAACAGGUUGGGCAUGACGCCCAAAACAGGCAAGCCUGUGAACCCAGAAAUGGAUGCUGCGUGGCUCAAAGACGAGUUGGCUCUGCUGCAGGAGAUCCACACGUUGUCAGUUUGCCUUGCAAAGGAGGUUGUGUGGUCCAACCUGCACUUCUACCUCUGCCUGCCUGAGGCAAUCGCCUUAGCGCUGCUCCCGGCACAGAGCCGGGAUGCCGGCAUGGAACACUUGCGGUCGCUGACUCAAGCAGUGUUGAAAGCAGAAGCAACAUUGAGAGGGGAGGCAGCAGGUGGCCAAGGUGAGGAUCAGGAAGUCGGUGAGGUGCAAGCAGAAGCAGCAUUGGCAGGGGGCGCAGCGAAUGGCCAAGCCGAGGAUGAGAAGGUCGAUGUGGCGGCGUUAGCUGAGCUGAUGGAUGAUUUGAGCUGGCGCAUAGAGCCUUUGCCCCGGAUCCUUAUGAGGAACCUCUGUGCGUGCGAUUUCGAUGCCACGGAUGCAGGCAUCGCUUUGAUCGCCAGACGCAUGUAUGCAGGCACGGCUUCUAGCAAAGACACUCUGGAGUCUUGCUUCAACUGGAUGAACCGUCAAGUUGGGUACAUGUGCACCAACCAGAAAACAUCAGACGCCAUGAAAUGGUUUCUUGCAAGCCUGAAUCCUUACGGGGUAGCAGCCGGUGCGGAUGGCAUCCUACCGAGCGAGAAUGACUGGUGGACGUGCUGGCAGUCGCCAGCGGGGAGGUCCACCAUGUCUGCAGAGUUCAGCGCGAAGAUUUUCGAUGUCAACUCCACGAAACUCCCAGAGCUUCCAGAUGCUGAGGCUCCACAGACACCCAAGCCGUUUCCCACACCAAGGGAGCUUGCCGACAUGUCAUGGAAAGCAGCAGGUAGUGCAGCGCGACAGCGUGCGGUUGCCGCAGCAGCGUUCCUGCUGAAAGAAGUGGAGACGCAAUGGGAGAACCUGCCGAAGGACUUCGUGUACUUGGAUGCACAGUCCAUCCAGCAGAAUCUGCAGACGGUGUUCUUGUUCAACUUCUCUUGCUCCGACACGAUGGCUGACGAGCAAUUUUUGCAUGUGCCAGUGCGCUUGGUGCCAAGGUGUUGCUUGGGGGGCGAGGUCGGACACCUCGCCUCUGCGUAUGAAGUUUAUGGCCCCAUGGAGACCAUGUUGCGAGCUGCGGUCAGAGACGGUUUGCUCCUGACCAACCCGCAAUUGAAUGCAGUGAUCGGAGCCCUUGGGCUUCCGGGCCCUGAAAAGAAAACUGGGAGUGGGACAAAUCGGAACAUUGUCAAGACAGAUCUCUGUCAGUACAUUAUUGCACAUCUGUUUCCGAGCGCAGAUGAGAACGAGAAGCGUCGGAUGCUGAGCGGGAUGCUCGGAACCUCCAAGGCCAAGUGGAAAGAUCAGGAAGCAUCCGUGGUAAAGAUGGUCGCGCAGCUCGACCCAGACAACGCCAAGGAAUUCGAGCCGCUUGUGCGCCACGCAAAAACUCGAAUUGAGCAGAAACUGCGAGAGGAAGGCGAGGCAAACGCAGAACAAAAGUUACAGGACACGUUGAAAGAGCACCUCGAAACGGCAAAAGCCAAGUGGAAAGCAGAAAUGGCAGAUGUAGCCAACAAGCCUUCUCCAGCAGACGCAUCCUCCUUGAAUGCUCCCCGGGCACCCGCCACGCCAGCGCCCCACCUCCGUGCUGAGCCUGCCGAGCCCAGACGGACAGGUGUGACCCCCCCCGAUUUCAAAUCGCUUUUGCCUGGCAAGGGCACCCUCGUUGGUGAAAUGUUUGGGAAGCACAACGGGGACAAAAGGUUCUACAAAGUAGAAUACAAAU